GAUCCAUUUUGAAUAUAUGCUAUAAAGUCGGGUAUAGCGGAAUGAGUCUAUGAUACGCGCGAUUUUAUGGAUACAAAAUAGGGGCUCUUGAGAGCUUCGGAGCUAUAGUAUUGCAGUUGUGUAUACAAGUCGUCGUAAUUUGCAACGAUGCCAUAUAAUAUUGUAGCGAUCCUCUCCGAGGCGUUCCGUACGCUCCGUCCGCCGAGAGAGGCCUUGGAACUCUUAACCAAUGAGCAAAAAGUCGUUCUGUUCAGAAUAUAUAUAUACAAUGAAUGGAUAUGCAGGUUCACUGAGAUAUCAUACACAGAAGAUCAUUCCUCACCAGUGACGACAAACAGCAUCAAAUAAUUCCCUACAACACAUCAAACAACACCAUGGCUUCCACAGACCUAUCAUCGUAUCUCUCAAAAUCGAACCGAGAACUUCCACAUUUAAACUUUCGAGAAUUUGUAGAAGCUCUCAAGAAGGAUGAUGAUAUUGUGGAGAUCGACGACGAGAUUGAUCCUUAUCUAGAAGCAGGAGCUAUCAUUCGCAAAGCUUGCGAGACUGAUGCCCCUGCGCCCCUCUUCAACAAUAUGAAGGGCGCAGAAAACGGUCUCUGGAGAAUUCUGGGAGCCCCGGCAUCUUUACGCCACGACCCUACUCAGAAGUAUGGUCGCGUUGCACGCCAUCUAGGACUUCCACCGUCCGCCGGGAUGAAGGAGAUUCUUGAUAAGAUGACAUCAGCUGCACAUGCUACACCAAUUCCGCCAAAUAUUGUUAGCAGUGGCCCAGUGAAGGAGAACAAACUCUUCGGAUCUGAAUUUGAUUUGGACAAACUGCCUUCUCCUUGGCUUCAUCAGGCUGAUGGAGGGAAAUAUGUGCAAACCUACGGCAUGCAUAUCGUACAGACACCGGACAAAUCUUGGACGAAUUGGUCAAUUGCGCGUGCCAUGGUCCAUGAUAAGAAUCACCUUGCCGGAUUGGUAAUUGAGCCCCAGCACAUCUGGCAGAUUCAUCAGCAAUGGAAGAAGAUUGGAAAAGAUGUGCCAUGGGCAUUGGCUUUUGGAGUGCCUCCAGCAGCCAUCAUGGCAGCUAGUAUGCCCAUUCCAGAUGGCGUCACUGAGUCUGGGUAUAUUGGGGCUAUGACUGGAUCUGCUCUAGAUGUUGUUAAAUGCGAAACUAACGAUCUAUAUGUUCCAGCCAACGCUGAGAUCGUUUUCGAGGGAACCCUUUCAAUCACAGAAACUGCUCCAGAAGGUCCCUUCGGUGAAAUGCACGGUUACGUAUUCCCUGGAGAUACACAUGAAUGGCCAAAGUACAAGGUCAAUGCAAUCACUUAUCGAAAUAACCCAAUCAUGCCAGUUUCUAAUUGUGGUCGUAUCACAGAUGAGACUCACACACUCAUUGGCUCACUUGCAGCUGCAGAGAUCCGUCGACUUUGUCAGGAUGCUGGUCUCCCAAUUACGGACGCAUUUGCGCCAUUUGAAAGCCAAGUCACCUGGGUCGCACUGAAAGUGGAUAUCCUAAAACUCAAAGAAAUGAACAUCACUCCAGAAGCAUUCAGACAGAAGAUCGGAGACUUGAUCUUUUAUCAUAAAGCUGGCUAUACCAUUCAUCGCCUGAUUCUCUGUGGCCCUGAUAUUGAUGUUUAUGACUUCAAGGAUGUCAUGUUCGCGUUUUCAACACGAUGCCGACCAAAUCAUGACGAGACAUUUUUCGAAGAGUGUCGGGGAUUCCCAUUGAUUCCUUAUAUGUCUCAUGGAACUAGUUCGCCUGUUCAGGGUGGAAAGGUCAUCUCGGAUGCUUUAAUGCCCACCGAAUAUGAGGGGAGUCAGAACUGGCAGCAGGCCUCGUUCAAACACUCGUACCCCGAGACUUUACAGAAGCAUAUCAAUGCCAAAUGGAUGAAUUCGUGGGGAUUUCCAGAUAAUUGAAGCAACAUACAGAUAGAUAGCCAGUAGAUUAAAGCAUAUAAACAUUGACUAGAGAAGCAAGCUUUUUAAUGCCAG